AUGUUUGGAUGGAGCGCCGAUUCUGUUAACUUUUUUCAAAACUUUGACCCAGAAUGUCUGGCAGAGCCGACCGUCGGCCAGGAUAGCAUUGGAAGUCAGAAACGAUCCCGGGUAAGACGACAAAUCAGGAAAAUACCAACUAUCGAAUUGGAAUCGCCUUUGCCGGAAACCAACCUACGAAGGAGGAGUAUUUUGGCAUGUCCAUUCUACAAGGCUCAUCCCCAGAAGUAUCAAGAUUGCCUGAAAUAUGAACUUCGGCGAAUAAAGGACGUCAAGCAGCACAUCUACAGGAAACAUUCAAAGCCCGAGUUCUAUUGCGCUCGAUGCUUCCAGGAAUUUUCAACCGCAGAAUCCAGAGACGAGCAUACCGUUGAGCCACGUUGCAUUCGCAAAGAGGAAUUCCAAUUCGAUGGGAUUUCAAGCAGCCAACGAAAAUCGCUCAACUCCUAUGUGGACCGCACCCAAACGGCACAAGAGCAAUGGUAUGGCAUAUGGAAAGUCCUCUUUUCAGAUAAAGCCCAGCCUUCGACUUGUUUUGUUGGCAGCUAUUUUGAGGAGAUAACAUCCCAACUACGAGAGUUCUGGGGCCAGAAAAAGACUGAGAUUCUUUCAAGUGCAUUGGGUGAGACCAAUAUCGACAACAUGAGCCCCAAUCUACUUGAUAAGGUGAUAGGGAAGCUCUUUGAUCGAUUUGAAUCUGCACUGUUGAGUUCAGCUCCCACGAUGAAUACAAUGCAAUCCUCAGCAACAGCGUAUACUACACAACGACGCAUUGAGCCGGCUGACGGAAAAGACAAGAAAUCAUGCGAGGAAAGCAGGUCGACCGAGACCAGCGAGGACGGCACACAUGGGAGUCGGGAAGUCGAGUCUUUACUAGUGGACAACACAGGCAUUCAGUGGCUCGAGGAGUGGGUGUUGGAUCCUUGA